UCUAAUAUGUAACCGGGGGUUAUCAUACUUACAACGAGGCAGAACUUCGUUAUUUAGGGGGGUAUAGUGCCCGAGUAUUACUUCUACACUUUAGAAUUUGAGAGAGAAUCGAAUGAAAUGAGCGACGAAAACUAAAGGCUGAUAGCCCCCUUUUAUAGGGCUGGUCGACCAGUCUCUCGCGGCCCGCGUAACAUGAAGCCUAAGCCUUCGCGGCCCGCGAGCUAGGAGUGUAGGCUUUAGCUUUGCUGAUUCGUCAAACUAGGUUUGACACGAGGCUGCCACGUGGCAGCUCAGGGUGUCGCCAGGUGGGUUAGCUGUCGCGCCUCGCGUAGAAGACCAUAAAGGUCUUCGCGGCACCUGACCGCCCCUCAGAAUUUGUUUUUAUUUUAUUUUUGUAACAUUAAGGGUAUUCGGGACCGAUUUUCAUAUACGGGAUAUAUUUUAAGACGCAUAGGGAUGUUAUAAAUAUAUUAGGGGUAAUAUUUUAGGAGGGUUGUUAUAUGAAUAGAUGGGAUCAAUGGCUGCAAAAUAUUCAGCAAUGGAAUGGUGACAUCAUACCAUUUCAAAGAGUGGCAUGGUUAGGAAUCAGGGGGGUACCAAUUCAGAUGUGGGGUGAAGGAGUUUUUUAAUUGCAUAGCGGAAAGGUUCGGGAAGAUCAUAGAAUCGUCAGAGGCGUUUUUAAUUGCAUAGAUAUUUAAACUUAAACUAUGAUGUGGUCGGAGUAAUCGUGAGGGAUGGAUCUUUUAUUAAUGAAAGGAUAAAAAUAUGGUGGAAAGGGAUGAUGUUUGACGUCUGGGGAUCGGAGGCUGACUACAUGUGGCAACCGAAGCUCAUACCAGACAUGACAAAAGUUAAACAUAUGUUAUUAGAUGAACUACCGCCGGAGAAGGAGGAUUCAACGCCGGAAAAAGAAAUGCCGAUGAAUGUGGACGGUGAAGGCAUUCCAAAAGACGCGGAAGAAACAUUGAAUGGAGGGAACAAUGAGGUAAACGAGACAUGGGAACAAAUGGCAGUUAAUGAUGGGAUAGAGUAUUGGUGUGCGAUGAAUUUAUGUCUAAAUGGCCCAAUGCCACAUUAUUGGCCCUCAACAGAGACAUAUCUAACGAUAACCCACUCAUACUUCUCACGAUAAACAAUAACUUUGGCCCGACUCCAUUCAGAAUUUUUAACAGUUGGUUUGGGAAGCUGGGAUUUGAGGUGGCAGUAAAAAAAGGAAUUGAAAAAACGUGUGAAUCAUCCUUCAAAGAUGAAAUUAUGGCAAUCAAAAUGAAAGCAAUUAGAGAAGAGCUCAAACUAUGGCGAAAGAACAAGAAGGAGGAAGAGGAGAAAGAGCUUACGGAGGCACAAAGUAAAUUGCUAGUACUCGAUGAUCUAGCUGAAAAUAGGAGGCUUACGGAGGAAGAGAUUUGUCUUUGGAAAGAAUGUAAGGCAGUUGUAAGAGAAUGGCAUCAAACACAACUACUUGAUCUACAACAAAAAGCAAGGGUGAGAUGGAUUGAAUUAGGUGAUGAAAACACUAGUUAUUUUCAUUCAGUGGUAAACAACCACAUAUCAAGAAAUAAGGUCAGUGGAUUAUGGAUUGGAGGGCAGUGGAUUUCGGAUCCUAUGGAGAUAAAAAAUCAAUUUCAGAAAGCUUUCAAAGAGAAGUUUAACGAACCGGUAACAUCGAGACCAAGAAUUGGAGCGGAUGGUUUUUCAAAACUUAGUCAAAGCCAAGCUGAAGGGUUAGUGGUACCGUUUUCAAUCGAAGAAGUACAUACAACAGUUUGGGAUUGUGGCAUUUCAAAAGCACCGGGGCCAGAUGGUAUCACUUUUAAACUUAUCAAGACAAAUUGGGAAGAACUCAAAGGGGUGGUUAUGGACGUCAUGACACAGUUCCACACACACACGGCUCUCUACAUCAUACAUGUAGUGCUUCCUUCAUUGCCCUCAUCCCAAAGGUAGAGGCUCGGUUCUUGUAAACGGAUCCCCAACGGGGGAAUUCCAAUACAAAAGAGGUUUACGACAAGGGGACCCGUUGUCACCCUUCUUGUUCAUUGUGGCAAUGGAGGCUUUACAUAAUAUGAUGAAAAAGGCUAGGAGUGCAAAUCUGUUUUCGGGGGUCAAACUACAAGGCAACGGUCCGCAUAUAUCACAUAUGCUAUUUGCAGACGAAUCGAUCUUCGUUGGAGAGUGGAAUGAAGAUAAUGUUAAGAACCUAAAGAGAAUACUAAGAAUUAUCUACCUCAUCUCGGGCUUGAAAGUCAAUCCGAAGAAUGGUGUGUGCCGAUUAGAAACAGAAGUAAAUGACAUGGCCUCAAUCUUCAAAUGUAGAGCAUGUAAGUUCCCGUUUAUCUACUUAGGAUUGAAAGUAGGAGCAAAUAUGAAUAGGAUAGCAAACUAGAAAGAAGUGAUAGACACUUUUAACAGAAGAUUAACAAACUAGAAAGCAAAAAAUCUAUCUUUCGCGGGAAGGGUAAUUCUAGUUAAGACGCUCCUGGGUAGCCUACCAAAUUACUAUUUGUCGUUGUACAAAUGUCCGAAAGCCGUGAUCAAAGUUCUCGAAGGGAUUAGAAGAAAGUUUUUAUGGGGAGGAUGCAAUGUUAACAACAAAAUUAGAUGGGUAAGAUGGGAAAGAGUAGUGGCAUCUAAAGACUUUGGGGGACUUCGAAUCGAUAAUAUUAGAGAUCUAAACUUGGCACUAUUAUUAAUUUUGAUUAAAACUGACGUUGACCCAAACCCAACUGACCCGUUUCUGACUGAACCCUGUUUGACCCGUUACCUGACCAACCCUACCUGACCCAAUCAUUUUGCCAGGAUUCUUUAGAAAGGGUGGUGCUCAUCAUGUUAUUGACCCGUUAUCUUGAGAAGCCUCAAAAUAAGACUUGGGUUCAACGCUUUUGUUUACGUUGAAUUUGUAAAAUUGUGUUUCUUUUAGACCUUGUCAAAGAUUACAGAUGAACUGAAGGAUUUAGUAAAGAUUGAACCGUUCUCUUUGUUCUUUGCACUUUUAUUCUCACUGCUAUUGUUUGGGUUUUCCUAACAACAACUGAUUCUCAAGAGUUAUAAUUGAUGCGUGUGUAGUGUAAUAUAUUUUUAAUGUAUAAUUAAGCCCUUUUUUACACCU